GGAAGUGGUCGUAUUAUUUAUGAAAAUGUCAAAAGUAAAAUGUAAAUAUUUGUGAUAAAAUGGCACAAGAAGAAAAAUCGCCGCUUUUAGCGGAAACAGAUGGAGAUGAUUACAAUUAUCCUAAUCCAAGAAAAAGAGUUUGGCAUGUGCCACCUGAACUGAAAGGUGUUGUGACUGGGAAUGGCACAAUCAACACCAGUUCAUCAUCGUCUUCCUUGGCCUGUGAUUUCGAUUUUGUUGUCUGUGUCUUUGUUGUAACUUUUGAUACAAGAUCAGGGAAUAUGGUAGAAUGGUGUCAGCCUGAGGAGUUUGAACUGGAUGGUGUUGAGUUUAAAGCAAUGGUCAGUGGGUCACAUACUUUGCUGAAGGAUUUUGUAUAUUUCCGCAAAGAUAAUUUGUACGGGUUAGCAUGCUUUGAAAACAUGCAUGUAGAGAGUGAGAUUGAAAGAGGGGCAAGGAUGAAAUCAGUUGGAAUAUUAUCCACGUCUUAUACAAAUUUGUACAGGCAUAUGCAGUUUUUAGAAACACAAGUUCGGCACCAGCUGGAAACCCCUGGGAAGUAUUCAAAUCUUGAAGUUUUCUACCAAGAUAAGAAAGGAACAUUGAAUAGUACUAUAUCAAUCCCACAGCAAAUAACACCGAACUCUUCCUCGUCAACGCCUAGUCAAGAAAUGUUACCAGAGAUGAAGAUAACCCACCCAGCUGGAUGUUUUUCCCAAUUCAUGAAGUUUUUUGGAGAGAAAGUAUUUAUAUUAUGGAAAUUUGCAUUGUUACAGCAAAGAAUAUUAUUUUUCUCACCACCACCAAUAGGUGUUGUUUGUUAUAGAGUUUAUUGUGCAUGUUGCCUUGGAAACCAUGAUAUUGGAGGACUUGGUCAUGAAAUGAAACCUCACUUUUAUGUCAAUGUGGCUGAUAUAGAAACAUUAGAAUCAGAAGUCUCAUAUAUUGCAUGUACAACAGAGAAGAUAUUUGAAGUUAAAACAAGCCUUUAUGAUAUAUAUGUUGAUAAUCAGAUUAUCAGACCAUGUUCCCCAAUGCUGAGAGACUUGAUGAAAGUCAGUGUAGCAGACAAAGACAAAUUUGCCAAACUGAACAACCAAAGGUCAGCAUUGCAGUAUAACUAUGAAGACCAAGGGAUUGAUGAGGAGGAGCUUUUUACAACAUUUUUUACUGAACAAAACAACAGAAUAUUCCAAACUUUAUUGGAAGCAUCAUGUUCACAGGACAGACAAUUAACAUCUGAACACAUGAAAAACAUGGGACUAGAUCCCUAUGGAGAUAGAACAUUCCUGAUGGAAUUAGUAGAGCAUUAUGGGAUUGAUGUCAUGUUGAUGGUGGAUAAUCCAUGUUGUCCUAAGUAGCAGCAGGAACGAUCAAAUUUGGAAGCAUGAAAUUAUGAUUCUUUUUAAAGAUAUGAUUUAUUAAUUUUCUUCCAAGAGGCAUCAACAUUUUGAUUCAGUCUUUUUUAUUUAAACUUAAUUUUAAUAUAGAUUUCUAAAUCAUAGCACAUGUAGUAGGAAUGGUGACGUGGACAAGUUGUUAAUUGACCUGUCCUGAACUCUUUGGAGGCCAUUCAUUAUUUUAUUUGUUUAUCAAUUAGAUUUAAACUUGCAAUUUGAACCUUUAGUCAAAAUAAGAUUAAUUUUUAUGUCAUAUAAAUGAUUUAGCACUUUGUCAUUUUAUAUGAUUUUGUAAUUUGAUUGAAAAGAAGGAAUAAGAGAGCAAAAUGAAACAGUAAUUAAGUUCCUUUUUAAAAUUUCUGUAAUCUAUGAUACAUAUAUGACUUUGUAUAGUUAUCAACUUGUGACACACUAGUGUUCUCUAACAGUGUACACUAAUGUAGUAAAAUAUACUUUAGUAAAUUUUUUCAUCAAUGACUUAAAUAUAUUGCCAAAGUUUGCAAAAAUUAGAUUUUAAAAACUAAUAAUGGUUUAUCAGUGAUAUUUUGCCACCUUAGUCCAAUUUCAAUACCAUUCUGCAAAAUUUAGAUCAAUAUUACCCGGUUGUUCAGUUGAUAAAUUUGAAAAACAUACUGUGGAUUCCUUCUUAUUAAUGGGGUACCAAUUUUCAUGGAUUUAAUGGGUAAAUGAGAACCACAAAUUGUAGUGUACAGCAAAGUACACAUUUGUUAAUGACUUGUUUGUGGACAUCGGCAAAACCAUCAAAUCAAGUAUCCGUGAAAACACUGUUUUAUCUAAAAUCUUGGAAAUUGAUACACACAAAAUAAAUGAAUCCAUGACAUAUUAUAUCUAUGAUAUAAUUCCACAACAUUUGUAUCAUAUUGAUAAAUACCAUGUUUCAAUCUUUGUAUACCUACAUUUAUGCCAUUUUCAGAUCUUGCAUUUUAGUUGUAGCUUCUUUGCAUAGUUCUUUAUGUCAAGUCAUCUUUGAUGGACAGGCAAAAUCAUUUUGAUUUGUAAAAUAUGUGUGUGUUAGAUAUCUUGAACUAUUGCUCCUUGAUUAUUUGACAUAUGAAAGUUUUUCAAUAUUAAGUUUAUUUACAUGCAGUUUAGAGCUUUAUAAUGUUCAUAACAAGGAUAAAUUAAACAAUUUAAGGUAUUUAAUACCAGAAGUAGACUAUUUUUCAUCGAAGAAAAUAUCAAUUUAGUAUAAUUUUACUUGACAUAUAUAAAAGUUUAUAUGUAUGAAAUAUAAUACUUUUGAUUGGUAAUAAAUCACUGGCUGAUUUAAAAAAAAAAUAACAUCAUACUCAAAUUUCAAAUUGGUAAUUUUAAUGUGUUAACUACACUCAUUGAUCAUAUGGUGGUACAGUGUUCUGUUUUAUGUUAUUUCAUUAUUCACGUAUACAGGUGUAUUUUUCAUUCUUUUCAGUCAUAAGGAUUUUGUGAUUAAUGUAGAAUAAACUUUUCCUUGUUACAAUAAUACCUCACACAAAAUAUACCAAAACUUAAACUGUGGAGUUAAUGUCUCGUAGAGUAAAUUGAUGUCAUAAUUGUUUACUUUUUUUAAUUAAAAGCUUCAUAUGAAAUUAUAUCAAGCUAAAAUUUCAUGUCUUUUUGAUAUUUGAUUUUGCUUUAUUUGUAAUUCUGAUAAAACAGACGGUGAACUGGUAAAGGAGUAGAUUGUAAAAAAAAUACUUGAAUUAUGUAAACUGUGAAAAUCUGGUAAUAUCUUUAAUGUUUCCUUCACUGAUAAUUGUUAAUAGUAAGAACUGAAACAAAUAUCAAAAUCAAGUAGCUUACAUUUGUGGAAUUAGUAGCUUACAUUUGUGGAAUUAGUAACUUACAUUUGUGGAAUUAGUAAAUGGAGAUAAAUAUUUAUUCAUGAACUUUUCAUAAUUGACAUGUUAAAAUUUGUGAAUAGGUUAAUUUAAGUGGAAUCACUUAAAAUAAGUCAAAAAUAUUUGAUCUGCAUUUGUAUUGGUAUUGGCAUAUCUUAAUUCCGCAGAAAUCAAUUUGGUCUAGAACCUGUAGUCAUGAUUCACAGACUUCAAGUAUUGAUAUUUGAUUUUCAACAUCUGCAUUUUACUAUCAAAAUUAAAUAUGGGCGAGAUAUAUGUCUGUGUCAACAGUUUAUUUAUAAUAAUUUUAGUGAUAUUGUAUAAAGAAGUAAAAAGUUUUUUAUUAUAUUGCUUUAUGAAUUAUAUUAGUUAUCAUGUUACCACGCAAGACAUAACUGCAAAUGUCAUAUCAAGCAUCUAAUACUAAUUUGUAUAUUAUAUAUUGUUGAACCAUCUUUUUGUAUAGUUAGAAAUAUAAAAGUAUAAUUGUUAUUUAAUGAUCAGAAUGUAUCAGUCUGAUUGAAAUCAAACUUCUCAGCGCUCCUGUUUUCUAAUAUGUUGCGUGGGAGAGACAUAUCAGAAAACAGGAGCGCUGAGAGGUUUGAUUUUAAACAGACUGAGAAUGUAUUUGUGCCAAAUUAGAACUGAAAUGAGAAAAGUAGUACUUGUUAGUAAUGUUUAGGUCAUAUGAAAGUAUGAUUUUAUUAAUUAGUUUUAAAAUUAUGAAUAUGCCAUGUACAAUAAAUAGUCCUUUUGUCAAUUAACAUAAUUGACGCUGUUAUAAGCGAUCCAUUUUCAGUCGUCUCCCUUUGUUAUAAGAGAUCCAAUUUAAGUUGUCUCCCUUAGGAGAACAUAAUUUUCUAUUGACAAAAAGAGCAAAUGCAUCUGUGCCUAAUGUAUAUUACUUUUAAAGUUUUUUCAAAUUGUGUUAUUACUGGUACAUUUAAUUUGUUGGUAAGCUAAAUACUUUAAUACCAGAAGUUAUUUUCACUAAAAAUUGGUUAAAACGCAGAGAUAUUAAUUUCAACUUAUCAUGCUUUGCAUGGGCAGAAGCCAAGCCUACAAUUGACAAUGAGAAGCAACUAGUUUAAAGGAAGAAAAAAAGUAUUGGAAUUUAAUAACAGAAUCAAAUCAGUAAUUGGCAAAUGGACUAUAAGUUAGAUUCUUUUUACCACUUCAAACCAAUGAAUUGAUUUCUAAUAUUUGCAUCACACACCAACCACUUUAUAUGAUUCAAAAGGAAUAGGAAUAAAAUAAGAUAUCUGGUAAAGGCUGACGCAGCAGCAAUGCUAGCAACACAGUACAAACCAGAAGACAUUUUAAUGUCUCUAAUAACAUUUAUCAUGUGUCAAUCUAAAAAAUAAGUCUCUACACAAGAAGUGAAGUAAGCCAAUCUGGAUAACUAAUGAUCUACUGUAUUAUUCACCACCAAAGUUCAUUUAAAGUCCAAGAAACAAUAUCAACCUUUGAUGAGGAUUGUGAAUUGAAUUUUUUUUUAAGAUAGAUGGAAAGUUCAAAUGAAAAUACAUUGAAAAUACUCUUAUUAAAACUAAUACCUUGACAUCAUGUCCCUUAAACUGACCAGACCACAGAACCAAUGUUAAUAUAGAUUAAUGUAUUUUACUCAAAAUUAUUCCUUAUGUCAAAGCUUGAUUUUUGUGAUAAGUGGUAAAAAUUAAGUUAAAACUUCAAAUUUCCACAAAAAAAAGUGCAAGAAAAGAACAUGAUUUAUUUUUGUUUGUAUCUCGCACAAAGAAUGCAAGCAGGGCCCUCAGUGAUAUAUCAUCUUCUAAUUUAUUUUUAAGAAUUGUGGUCCAUAUCUAGGACAUCAGAACAUGAUUUAUUUGAUUAAUAAUUGCUAAUGGAUUU